CGGCCGCGGCCGGGAACUUCGGGAGCGUGCGAGCGCCGGCGGCCGUUCGGGCGGCAGGUAAGGAAGAUAUUGAGCUGUUAUCCAGUUGUCAUAGUUGAUUGCACUCUACAAAUCUUCAAGAUUCCUACUGGAGUGAAAGUGUCAGUUGUGAUAAUGACAACUGAAGUUGGUUCAGAGACUGAAGUAAAGAAAGAUUCUGAGCAGCUGGGACCAGACAAAGCCAAGGACAAGCCUGAAGAAGCAUCAGAGACUCCAGAAAAUCAAAAGUCCAGGGAAACAUCCUCUGGAGAAGCUCAAGAUUCUUCUGUCCCAGCACCAACUAGCCAAAGUAGUCCAACUAGCCAGAAGAAGGAAAAGUCUUCACCUGAAAGCAAGGGUAUUUCUCGUUUCCUUCCCCCUUGGCUUAAGAAACAGAAAUCAUACACCUUGGCAGAGCCCAAAGAUGAGCCCAAGAAAAAGGCCAGAGGGGAAGAGCAAGUAGUUGAAGAAAGUGAAAGUCAGACACCAGAAGGGGURGCUCAGCCAAGAAAGAGCUUGGAAGAAGCAGCUGAAAACCAGCAGAAUGCUGAAGCAGACAAUAAAGAAAAACACUCCRUCAGUAGUGCUGAAAUACAGCCUCCCAAAGAAGAUGGUAAAGAAACAGAAGUAGAGGAAGUUGCAGAAAAAAAUGAAGCAAAAGAAGAAGAAAAAGAAAAAAGAGAGACAAAAGAAGUGCAGACAGCUGAAAUUAAAACAGAUAACAUUCCUCAGAAGUCUCCAAAGAAAAUCAAAACUCUGCAGUGUAAGGUGAUGCUUCUGGAUGGCACAGAAUACACCUGUGACCUAGAGAAAAGAGCAAAAGGACAAGUGCUGUUUGAUAAAGUAUGUGAACACCUCAAUUUACUGGAAAAGGACUAUUUUGGAUUGUUGUUUUAUGAGAAUUCAGAACAGAAGAACUGGCUAGAUGCUUCAAAGGAAAUUAAGAGACAAAUUCGAAGUUUACCUUGGAUAUUCACCUUUAAUGUGAAGUUUUAUCCUCCUGAUCCAUCACAGUUGACUGAAGACAUCACUAGGUAUUUCUUGUGCCUGCAGCUUCGUCAGGAUAUUGCAUCUGGCCGACUGCCGUGUUCUUUUGUGACUCACGCCCUCCUUGGUUCAUAUACCCUGCAGGCUGAGCUGGGUGAUCAUGACCCAGAGGAGCAUCGCAGUGAUUAUAUCAGUGAAUUCCAAUUUGCACCCAAUCAGACUCAAGAAAUGGAGGAGAAAGUGGCUGAGCUACACAAAACACACAGGGGCUUGACUCCAGCACAGGCGGAUUCCCAGUUCCUAGAAAAUGCUAAGAGACUCUCCAUGUAYGGAGUGGAUUUACAUCAUGCCAAGGAUUCUGAAGGUGUGGAUAUCAUGCUGGGUGUAUGUGCUAAUGGUCUGCUGAUCUACAAAGACAGACUCCGGAUCAACCGCUUCGCUUGGCCAAAAAUUCUGAAGAUUUCCUACAAGAGAAGUAAUUUCUACAUCAAAGUCAGGCCAGCAGAACUGGARCAGUUUGAGAGCACUAUUGGGUUCAAACUGCCAAACCAUCGGGCUGCUAAAAGGUUAUGGAAGGUUUGUGUGGAGCACCAUACUUUCUUCAGACUUGUAUCCCCAGAACAGCCUCCAAAAACGAAGUUUCUGACCUUGGGUUCCAAGUUCCGCUACAGCGGCCGUACGCAGGCUCAGACACGACAGGCCAGCAACCUCAUAGACAGACCAGCUCCGUAYUUCGAACGCACUUCCAGCAAACGUGUUUCCAGAAGCCUUGAUGGAGCUCCCAUGGGUAUUUCAGACCAAAGUCUUCUAAGAGACUUCUCUGCUGCGGGAGGGCAGGCUGCUGGAGAUAAAAUCAUUGAUCUUGAAGCUGCUGGUCAGGCCAAGUUAAAAGAAGGUGGCAGAGAAGAAGAUGAAAGCCCUCUCAAAACUCCGCAGUUAGAAUUGACUCAGGAUGGAAAGAUCAGUUCCUUGAGAGUAGACGGGGAAAAUAUUUAUGUCAGACAUAGCAAUUUAAUGUUGGAGGACCUGGAUAAGACCCAGGACGACUUACUGAAACACCAGGCUAGCAUUAGUGAGCUCAAGCGCAAUUUCAUGGAAUCCACACCCGAACCACGCCCAAAUGAGUGGGAAAAGCGGCGUAUCACACCUCUGUCCCUACAGACACAAGGGAAAAAAGGAGACCACAUUUUCCAAGUGAAAACCCUGCCUGGGAAGGAGAAACAAUGGAUUUCAAUGCCAUGGAUUGCUGGAGCAAAACCAGAGGAAACCAAUAAGAGCCUGGAAGAGGAGAUAACCUCCAUUUUGUUUAGUAAGGAGCGCUUCGGCGCCGSCACCAGCGGGCCCUUCGCCGCCGCCAGCCCGGGGCCAGCAGAGGGCGCUGCGGGGGAGCAGACGGGCGCUGCCGCCGCGCCGCCCCAGACACAUGCUUCCAGAGCAGAAGGGCCUUGUACUGGAGUCAGCGAUGCUGAUAAGAGUUCACAUGAGACUCUGGACAUAGUGGAGGAGAAGAAGCAGGCAGAGUUUGGGAUAGAAGAAACACUAGUCGUAGACGAAACCAACAAAGGGAAAAUGCAAGUUGCCACAGAUGCUGGGGAWACAUGUAAGGUGGAGCACCUGUCAAAAAAGGACUCUUCAUCAUUGCCAUCAGAUAGUAGCAGCAGCAGCAGCAGUAGUAGUGAGAGUGAGGAUGAAGAGGUGGGAGAAUACCAGCCACAUCAUAGGGCAAUUGAGGAAGUCAUCAGGGAAGAACAGGAAGAAGAGGAAGACGUGAGAAGAAAAGAACAUGAAGAACAAACGCAGCAUGUGGAAGCCACACCGGAAAGCAGUAAACUAAAUGCACCAGUUGAGCAUAAACAAGUUACAGCUGAAGAUUUGGCCCAGGAAAAUACAGUUAAUGUAGCUACAGACAAGAAGAAUUUGUCAGAGCAAAUUAAGCAAGAUUUAGGUGAAGAAAAAGAGGAGGAACAGCUCAAACUCAAUGGAGAUGUGUCUCAUGUUGACAUUGAUGUUGCACCACAGUUAAUUUGUUGUUCUGAGCCUCCAGUAGUGAAAACAGAGAUGGUAACCAUUUCAGAUGCCRCACAGAGAACUGAAAUUUCCACUAAAGAAAUUCCAAUUGUUCAAACAGAAACUAAAACUAUCACGUAUGAAUCCUCACAGCUUGAUGGCAAUGCUGUUGGUGAUAGUGGYGUGCUGGUGAGUGCACAGACAAUUACAUCAGAAUCCAUUUCCACCACCACAACUACACACAUCACAAAGAUGGUAAAAGGUGGAGUAUCAGAAACAAGAAUUGAGAAGCGCAUUGUCAUUACUGGAGAUGCAGAUAUUGACCAUGAUGAGGCCCUGGCACAGGCAAUCAAAGAAGCCAAAGAACAGCACCCUGACAUGUCUGUGACGAGAGUGGUGGUGCACAAAGAAACUGAACUUGCUGAGGAAGAUGAAGACUAAAAUMAAAAAUGCCCUCAAGCAAAUACUUCAG